GAACAAAACCCUAGAGCCACUGCAUCUUCAGAAUUAGGUUUGUAUUUGUUGAAUUUCAGAGAUGGCAAAGUCGAAGAAUCACACCGCUCACAACCAGUCUUACAAGGCCCACAAAAAUGGCAUCAAGAAGCCAAAGAGGCAUCGCCACACUUCCACCAAAGGGAUGGAUCCAAAGUUUUUGAGGAACCAGAGGUACGCAAGGAAGCAUAACAAGAAAAAUGGUGAAAUCGCCACCGAAGAAGAGUAAAGUGUCGAUCUCUCUCUAAUGGGGCUUUUUGUAUUUUGAAUCUUAGAUAGAUUUCUAAUUCGUGCUAUGUAUGGUUUAUUUCAAUUCUAUUUUGAUGGAUUAUUUAAUUAAGUGAAAAUGCAGUACUCUGUUAGCAUUUUUGGGUUUUUAUUUAUGAAUAUUAAAACUGCUAUAGAAUUAAGUAUAUCAAUUCUGCUGUUUAUGA